GUCGAACGCGCGGGAGAAUAUUCGCAGAGAAGGUGGACGAGAGGAGUGAGCGUACAUAGUUUUGUAUACCAAGGUACAUGCAUUCGUUGGAAGGAAAAAGAGGAGACGAUCCACCCUAUCUGUCGGUGGGUACGGAGGUGAGCGCCAAAUACAAAGGUGCUUUUUGCGAAGCUAAGAUCAGGAAGGUCGUGCGAUCAGUAAAGUGUCGAGUUACUUAUAAACAAGGUUUGGGAACUGCUACAGUUACGGAUGACCAGAUUAAAGGUACUCUGAGAGUAGGUGCCUCUAUUGAAGCCAAGUAUGGAGAGCGAAAGGAUUUUGUUGAGGCCACUAUCACCAAGAUUCAAGAUUGUAGUCAAUAUACUGUAGUCUUUGACGAUGGAGAUAUCACGACGCUCAGGAGGACGGCACUGUGUUUAAAAAGUGGAAGACAUUUUGCUGAGAGUGAGACUUUGGAUCAGCUUCCACUAACUCAUCCGGAGCACUUUGGAAAUCCAGUUAUUGGUGGGCGCAGAGGACGACGUUCGAGGCAAGCGCAAGAUGACAGCAGCGAAGAUGAAGAAAGUCCCCCACGAGGAAGCCGCGAUUCCGGUUCCGGAUCAGGUGGAAAGGAGGGGACUGAAACAGAACCGGAAAUUGGAAGAGUUGUUUGCGUCGAGCUGGGUGACAAGAAGAAAAAAGAUAACUGGUUUCCAGGACUCGUCGUUGCACCGACAGCUCAGGAUACAGUCAGAAUUCGUGUUCGCGACGAUUAUCUCGUGAGAUCUUUCAAAGAUGCAAGAUAUUACACCGUCCCAAAGAAGGAGGCAACUGAAUUUACCAAGGAACUGGUGAACAAGGUCGAGAAUAGCGCAUUAAAGAUUGCCGUGGAGAAGGCUCUUCUUUUUUUGGAGAAGAAUGACCUUCCACCUCACUGGGAUCGAGAUUCUCUCUUUGGAAAUGCCAUGUCCAGUGGAAACAGCGAUUCCGAUGGAGAGCUGGACUCUGAUAGUUCGGACGAUGAGCCGCGGGAGGAGAAGGACCACUUUGUUGCGCAAUUGUAUAAAUUUAUGGACGAUCGAGGAACACCUAUCAACAAUUGUCCAAUGAUUGGCAACGAGGAUAUAGAUUUAUACCGUCUGUUUCGUGCUGUUUACAAGUUAGGCGGGUAUAACCGUGUGACCAACCAGAAUCAAUGGAAAUCCAUAACCCGUCGCUUAAGUUUUUCAAUGCCAAGUACGUCGUCCACGCAUAAUCUGGUGAAACAAGCGUAUAAAAAGUUCUUACACUCUUUCGAGGACUUUUAUAGAAAAUUAGGUUGUACUAUGGUCAAUCAUCCUCGAGGUAGCACGCGAAAGCAACGGCCAGGUAGGAGCUUGAUCAGAGAUCGGGACAGAAACACUCCUGUACCACCUCAGAUGCCAAUGACCAAAUCUGAGAAAGAAGAGGAGGACAAGAAGAUAAUGGAAGAUGAGAAGAAGGAAGUGAAGAAAGAGCCUAAAAAGGAGAUUAUGAAGGAGGAGGAACCUGUCCCAGUCCCUAUCCCAGUUAUCACAACGCCGACGACUAUUAAAAUAAAGAAAAAGGAGGAAUUCGAGGAAAGUGGAAGUGGGCAGGAUAGCGAUAUCAAUGUUGAAGCUGAGGGAGAGUCUUCUAGCAGUGAAAAGUCACUUAAAACACCAACACGGUUUACCCCAGUGCCCACUAAAACCAAAUCGAAGAAUAAGGAGGAGACAAAAAAGAAGCCCUUCGACAAGAAAAGGAAUGAACCGAAGAAGCAGGAGAAGAAGGAUGAGAAGCUCAAGGAAGACGAAGCUGCAAAAACACGAUCCAAAUCAAAAGAUGACUCCGUUAAGGGUAAAGCAUCUGGAACAACAGAUACAGUCCGGGAGACGCGGACACCGUCCAGGGAGUCGGAGAAGAAGGCGCCUGCGAAGCAGAGACGUCUUACUGACGAAGAGUUGAGGAAGCAGCGUGGAAGAAAACGCAAGGAGAACGAACUAGAGAAAUCUAGACCUGGUACAGAUGAUCAUUCUAGCGAAACUGCCCCCUGCUACAAGGGUCUCGUCGAACUGGGUGAUCGGUUGAAGGUCUAUUAUGGACCAACUCAUGAAUCGAAAGUCACGUAUGAGGCCAAGGUAAUCGACAUGGAAAAGGAUGGUGAUGAACCUGCUUAUCUAGUUCAUUACACAGGCUGGAACACGAGAUACGAUGAGUGGAUCAAGGGAUCGCGAAUUGCACAAAAUUUCACUCAAGCUCAAGGUAGAGUUAAGCGAACUAAGGCUACUCCUAGACCACAGACUCCAAGUGCAACGAGUUCUUCAGCUGGUGGAAAAUCUUCUAAGACAGGUAACACCUCGAAUUCUAAUGCAUCCCAAAACCGACGUAGAGCACAGAGUGUUGCACCUUCUUCUACAACAUCAUCUUCAGGGAUUACAACUAAAGAUGGUAAGAAGGAAGACAAGGAUAAGGAGGGGUCAAUGCAGCCAACUAGGUCUACGACACCACUCUCAGUAACAAGUUCCAGCUCCAGGACGAAGAGUCCUGCGACUCCAGCUGCUAAUCGACUGACUAGGCUUACCAGGAACACAGACCUCGCUGGAGUAGAGCUUCGGAGACGUACAAGGCGAAUGUCUGGUCACACGGACAUAUCUGUUGCUUCUGAGAGUGAGGAUAGCGAAGCGUACGAAUCAGACACAACGGAGCCGGAACAGGCAAAGACAAGGUCACGUGGAACGGAAGAGAGGAAAAGAAGGGAAGUGAGACGUAGAGCCGAGGAUAGGAUAAAACCUGAAGACAUGAGCGAGCCUGAAGAGGAUAAGGAUGCCUCGGAGGAACCACGUAGAGGUCGUAGACUGAGACGAAUACCAGGUAAAAUUCAGGAUAUCAAAUCGGAACCUGAGAGUGACGAGGACCAACCCAAAGGCAGGGAUUUUGAUCUCAAUCAAAUAAGAUCUGAAUUAAAAGGUUUUGAUAAAGCUGUAAAACUCGAGAUUGUGAGAUCCGAUCCGGAUCCGGAAGAGGAAGCGAAAUCUGAAGAAAAAGAGAAUGAGGGUAAACCUGCUGCUACACCAUCUGCGUCUCUCUCACCGAAAUUAGAAAAACCAAAGUUGGAACCGCCGAAGUUGGAACCAGUACCAGAGAUCAGGCCUUUAGAAAGUACUGAGGAUAUUUAUGAGUUCAAAGAACCGGAACCCUUCGAAUUUGAAGUACGGAAUAAGAGAGAUUCAAAUGGUGACAAGGAUAAGGCCAAGAAGAGGGUCUUCGAUGAGGAACCAAAGAGUCCCAAGAAGAAGCAAAAGACGACUGUUACCGCUAUGAAGGAAACAAAACCAGCUGAUACUGAAGUAGAUAUUAAAAAGAGAGUGAGAAGACCUUUUAUUAAAAGAAUAGACGACGGCGAGAUCUUAUCCCCAAGUAAAGUUUCUACGCCAUCUGCUUGUGAAGAGGCAUUCGACAAGCUUCGGGAAUCUUCAUCAUUUAGCCAACCUAAGGUUCAACCGAUACCGGAAGAGUCUGGUAAGGUUGCUAAUACUAUUGACCUUCUGUUCAGCGACUUACCUGGCGACGAGGAUGGGGCACCGGAUGAUCCGGAGGAUCGACUGAUCAUAUCUGAAACUGAAGUCUCUGAAGCCGAACAAGAAAACCUUUUCACCUAUCAGCAGGAAAUAUUUCCAACAAACGACAUACCGGAUACGAUGGAGUUUAACAGAGACGAAGUUAAGUCCCAGAGUGAAAAUCCGAAUGAAGAAACAGCAACCACAAACAAGAUUGUUACCAAAUUUGAUGAUGUUAAUCAAAAACAAAAUGUGAAGUCACCAGCAACAAGUAGACCCUCGCCCAUCUUAGAAACAAAGAACCUGGAUGUGAAAUCAUUAAUCUCGAGCCCUGCAGUCUCGCCAGCACUGUUAACGCCAGCUCCUAUAAGUGCAAGGUUGCCGGCCACGUCUACGAUAGAGGAAAAAAUGGCGGCUGCUGCAAUGGCGUUUAAAAAUAAGUCAAAAGAAACGAAGAAGGAAGAAGAUAUGGCCGAUGCUACGAAGAAGAGUCUAAAAGAGACGUCCAAGAAAAUGGAUGCUAUGAUUGCCAAAAGGAACAGAGAGGAACAGAAUAAAGCGAAGAUCGAGGCUGAGAAUAAAAAGAGGGAAGAAGAGGAAGCAUUAAAGAAGGAAGAGGAGCAACGAAGAGAGGCAAUGCGUGCUGCCAUUAAGCAGAAGGAGGAAGAGCUUCAACAAUUAAAACUGAAGAAGGAGGCUGAACUGAAGAAGGCUGCAGAGGCAAAGGCAGUAGCUGAACAGAGAAAAGUGCAAGAGAGAAAAGAAGAAGAACGCAAGAAGAAGGAAGAAGAGAUUAACAAGAAAGAGGAGGAAGAAGAACAGCAUAAGGAACGUGAUCAGCGAGAGAGAGAUAAACGCAAAAAGGUCAUCAGUCAAGAGUUUGUCGAUUCUACAGACAGCAGUGACUCCGACGAGAGGCUAGUCAUCGAUAAUGAAGAGCCCCAGGAUGAGAAAAAUCUCACAACUAAUUUCGAUGUCAAGCUUCGAGCAGAAUUGGAAAGGUUACAGGAUAUCCAGGAAGGACGUUCCAAAUCUCAAACUCAAAGCCAAUCGCAACUACAAGUUCAAGCUCAAUCUCAAAUUCAACAACGAUCUCAGCCACAAUCCCAAUCUCAACCUCAGCUUCAACUUCAGUCUCAAAUUCAACCCCAAAGUCAGUCUCAGUCUCAAGUACAGCAAUCUCAACCUCUACAGCAAGUUCCGUCUCAGCCACAGAUUCAGUCCCAGCAACAACAAAAGUCCCAGCCUCCAUUACAACCGCAGGCACAAAUUCAACAGCAGCAGCAACAACAGUCUUCUGCAGAAUGUAAACUUGUCGGUGUCCUUCCGACAAAGAUUGAGGAGGAAGGUGAGAACAUGAGUUCAUUGCUCUGUGAAGAAGAAAUACCAGGAUCUCCAGCUCCGGUGGUUGACAACACCGAACAAGUAGAUGCACACGUAAUUCAAGUUCCACCUAAGAUUGAGACAUCUGACAAUAAUAUAGUACUAUUGGAGAUGCCAUUUGCAAGUGCACCAUCCUCCAGUCAAAGUACAACUUGUAGUACAGUGGCUACCCUGAGUAUUACAUCUGCAAAGAAUGGUGACAAUGUCUCCGUCCCUGUUUCUUUACCUGUACAACAGGGAGUUGUCAUGGGAGUCAGGCAACAACAGCCCCAGCCAUUACAACAGUCACAAAAACAACCCCAGCCACAGCAGCAGCAGCAGCAGCAACAACAACAUCAGCAUCCACAUCAACUAAUUCAGCCACUUCCACCUGCUGCUAUGCCAGUACAACGACGAGAGAGCAACGAAGCUGCCCCUGUCAUGGACAACACACCUCCGACUACUCCGGAUUCAAGUAUUUCUAACAUUUCUGGUUCACCACGUGAAGAGAGAAUGGGAGGAUCUUCACCAAUGUCAGAGGAUAAUCUCAAGUCCAACAGAGACAGUUCAGAAGCUGAUAACGACAGUGGUAGCAAGGGUCCUGGUUUCAGUGAAGAUGACACCCUAUUAAAUUCUGAAGGUAAUGUCGCUGACAGAUCCCUCAAACCACCGACGAAGAGGACCAUUGAGGAUGCGCAGUCGCCAAAGAAGCGAAAACGUAACCGAAAACACUCCGAAUGUGGAAGCAACUCUACUAAGAAGUCUACCAGACAAGCCGGAAGAACCGUCCGGCAUGGCCCCGGAAGUGACAGUGACGAUACCAGCGAGAGUUCUAAUCUCUGUGGCGUAAACUCGACUUCCACUGCACAUACGAACAUCGGCAGUGUUACCGAUCUCAAUACUUACUCCACUAGGUCACCAAGACCGAUGAAGUAUAACUUUUACGUAGAAUUAGAUCCUGAACUUGAUGGCAGCCAGAGGAUAGCUGUACUCCAGCAAAAAUUGUCAGAAUUGCGAAAAACAUAUAAUGCAGUGAAGGUCGAAUUGGCCGGCAUCGAGAGGCGCAGAAAAAAGUUGAGAAGACGAGAACGCGAAGCAAUGAAGGCUGCCAAGGCGGAGAUGCAACAGGCAUGUUCGUGAUGAGUUCGGCCGGAUACGCAUCGUUCUCAUCGAAGUCGAAGGAUCGUAUCAUAUAUGAAUGUCUAGGAGCGUCGAAAAAAAACAUCACAAUCUCGGGCACUCUGCAAUCGCGAAAAAGUUCAUGACAAUUUCUCAUUACCUAAGGAACUGUUGUUAGGUAAUAACUUUUCCGCGUAUAAAAUUUGUAGAUAUAGCUGUAAGUUGUAGCGUGUAAAUGAGAAUAAGUCAAUUGGGUUGAAUAAUUCGGUUAAUAUGAAAAAUUAUAUGUUCGUAUGAUUAAGUUGUGCUAUUGUAUAUUUGUCCUUUUCAUGAGAUACACGAUGCCGCCAUUAGGUUUUCAUUGUAUUCUUCGCAAUUCAACGUCUCUCGAUUGCUCAGCGACGUUAAAGUACAAAUUAUUGAAUCAGACGGCCGUCAUUCUUUUCUUAAUUCUCAUGAGUUUUAAUCCGUUAUUAUAAAGAAGACGGAAACAGCGGGUGUGUUAUGGCCAAUAAGACAAUGAAAAAUGAAUUAUGAUAAAACUUGGGAACAAAUUAUCUAAUAUUACCGAAAAACGAUCAUUGAUCACUCGUCACACUUUUUUGCGAAUUUUUCCUUUGUCUUUUCUGUUGGCGUGCAUAAUCACUUUUAUUUCGCUCGUUCCAAGAUCGAGCCGCUUUUGGGGUAACCAGAAAAGCUUCCUGAUGUAUGGUUCACAUAAGAGAGUGCAUUUUCGAAUGUACGACAAUUGUAUAUAUGUAUCACGAGACCAUCCCAAAUCUUUUGCGUACUAUUAAAUUUUAUCAUUUCGAACGACCAAGUCGAUUUGAUUGUUAUUUAUUUUGUUUAAUCGACCCACGUGUCUUCACAAUAAAUUACUCAAUGCCGAACGCUCUAAUUUCUCCUAAACUAUCAUCAUCAGGCUAACUCAGCUAACAGUAUUGAAAGCAUUAAUUAAUCACACAAAAUAACCAUACUAAUUUCAGCAUACCGUUGACUUAGAAUCACUUGUUUCUUUUUUAGGAAUAACAAAAAUUUAAAAUAACGCUCACGUAAUAAACAAGAGGUCUUGUA